AUGAAGAUCGCCAGACCAUUAUCCGCCUUGUUUAAGAAGUCUCCAAAGAAGGAGAUGGAUAAGUCACCUCUGCAAGAGUUGGCAGAGACGCGUUUCCGUGUCCAACAAAUGAUGGGCGCCGAUGAGUUCUCCAAGGGAAAGUGGUCCCAGCCAAGAAUCCUGGCCAUCUGUGAGGAGGGUAUCAAGCUCAUCUCGGAGAAUGAGGAGGAGCUGAUCCAAGAGAUUCCCUGGUCUUCAAUCCUGCAAUUCAACUUGAAGGAGUCGUGGACAGAGUGGGAGAUCGUUCUCAAGGAUCGUCGCAAGUUGUUCUUCAAGUGUCAAAAGGCUUUCGACCUUCACAUGGCCACCGAUCACAUCCUGGAUGGUCUAAUUAGAAACAACAGAUCACAAGGAUACUUCUCAGAGUUCUAA